GCUCGAGCCGGUGCGGCAAAUGUGGCACGACGACUUCAAGACUGAAACAUCUGCACCACCAGGCCGUGAGCCUGUUCAGUGUGGUGAGAAGUGGCACUACCAAGUGGGCCAAUGUCCUGCUUGUAUGCUUGCGCGUAUCGGGUCCGAUGAAGAUGUUCUGUUUGCGCUCUUCGCUGGCAUGGUGGGCCGCAUGAAGGAUAGAGCUACCGGUACGGAUAUUCUACGUGGUAUUGUGGGGUUUGAGAAGGUUAAAUCGAAGCGUCUUCGCUUCGUUCGAUACUGGAUCAAGGCCUCAAACGGCGGCGAUCAGUUGCUGUUUGACGCAGGCACGCUUGGCUUGAAGAUGAAGAAGAUGCGGGCUGAGUGGAAGGAGCAGCAGCGCAUGCAUCGUUAUCCUGACCGUGGUGAACAUCGAUCCACUCGCUAUAACCAGCCCAGUCUGGACAGCACCACGACUCAAUCUCGAACAAGUCAUGAGACUGAGCGUUCACGUUCACGUUCGAUUGCUGAUGCUGGACAUCAACAUCGUGAGAACCGUUCUCUGAGUCCGCACGACCCAAAACUAGGACCCAACCCACGUCCAAGUAACGUUGACCGUCUCUCACCGGGAGCACCAAUGGGCUUCAGUAUGCCCAGCUUCCGCGAUCGCGUCUCGACGAAACCGUUAAGUCAGCCAACUGAGCAGCAUCUACUUGGCCGGUUGGCUUCAAACAUGUCAACCUUGACAGUCUAUCCAGACGAUAGCAUAUCAUCCGUAGGAUCACAUCCAGCUCCACUGCGUACCAAGGCACAGAAAGCUGCAUCGCAAGAUUAUCCAGCCGAUCAUAAGCGACAUGACUCCGUCGUCGGCGAUCUCCCCACCCUCCCACAACGCUGGCCCUCAACUCGCCGGCCUAACCACCCCUCUCCUUACUCUAUCGCUUCCACACGAACAAUCAUGUCCUACGAUGGCGGUGCCUCUCCGCGCGCUCCUAUUUCAAAAAGUACGCCCAUCAUUGACCCUCUCGACAACCCUUUGUACGACCCUCCCCAAACGCAAGAGCAGCUAGUGGACAAAUACCGCAACAUGCUCGCCUCUCACACGAAUGCUUAUGCAAACCCCUUCGCCAACGACGAAUCAGAUGAUGACGCGAUCACACUGCCACCACCUCGGCCGAUGUCGAUGUACUCGGCUUUUGGGAAUGGUGCGUUUGACGAGGAUGCGUUUGAGGGCGCUGAUGAGGAGCUAGAAGAAGAUGAGGUUGUUUGCGAUAGGGAUGAUAGGGAGUGUGGUUUGCUGCGGACACCAAAGGUAGGGGUGGAUAGACGGUCUUCUACGGCGAGUACAAAUUGGGAGGAUUUGUACUAGUUUGAUGUGGUGGGAUCAUGCUGACUUGCAAUAUAUUAUCACCGUCGCAUGAAAAUGAUAAGGUUUAGUUGCUGCUUACUCGGCGUUUACCUCGUUCUGUAUGGUCAUCUGCUGAUUCCAGUAUUUUUUAGCUAAUCUGUGGAGGUACUUUGCGUGCGGGGGAUGUUUGUGAUUACGAUUCAUCUUCCGGGAUAGGCGCUGCAUAUUUCUGUACUAAUUCAAUCCUGGCUUACCAUAAAACAAACAAAUAAAGGAGACCUAGUUAUACCAGACCCA